AUGUCGUUGACUGACUCGGCUGCGAUUGAUGUCGCACGGAAUGCAUCGCUUGCCUCUCGUAGUCUCGCUACAUUGUCUAACGCCGCCCGCAAUGAAGCCUUGACAUCGCUCCAUCAUGCAUUGGAUGUGAAUCGAGAGAUUAUUUUGGCUGCCAAUGCUAAAGACCUAGAAGCUGCUAACCGUGCGGCUGACAGCGGAGACCUCAGUCACAGCGUGAUCAAGAGACUUGAUUUGUCGCGACCUGGAAAGUAUGAUGACAUGCUUGAGGGCAUACUGAGUGUGCGAGAUCUGGAAGAUCCUGUCGGAAAAGUCACAUUGAGAACUCUUCUUGACGACGGCUUGACCCUCGAGAGAGUCAGCUGCCCCAUUGGCGUUCUGCUCAUCAUCUUUGAAGCCCGCCCAGAAGUCAUAGCCAAUAUCGCUGCAUUGGCUAUCAAGUCCGGCAAUGCUGCUAUCUUGAAAGGCGGGAAGGAAUCCAUGGAGUCUUUCGCGGCAAUUGCCAAUGUUGUAUCGGAAGCUAUUGCUGGCUCGCAAGUGCCAGUAGCAUCAGUCCAAUUGGUUAAGACACGCGAUGCUGUAUCAUCCCUUCUGGCUCAAGAUUCGUUGAUUGACCUGGUCAUCCCUCGUGGCUCGAACGAGCUUGUUCGAUUUGUCAAGGACAACACCAAAAUUCCUGUUCUUGGGCAUGCAGACGGUCUUUGCUCUGCUUACAUUCACUCUGAUGCCAACGCUGAAACUGCCACGAAAGUCAUUGUGGACUCCAAAACAGACUAUCCAGCCGCAUGCAACUCUCUGGAGACCUUGCUUGUCCACGAGGAUAUUCUCGAGUCGGUUGUCCCCGCGGUAGCCUCUGCACUCCUGGAAAAAGGCGUAUCUCUCCGCUGUGAUGCUGCAUCAAAAGCCGCUCUGACAAAAGCGUUGCCUGCCGAGAAGAGUGCCCAAUUGCAGCUGGCAACCGAAUCCGACUACAACACUGAAUUUCUAGACCUUGUUCUAGCCGUGAAGACUGUUCCUGCGGCCAACUCACCGAUCGCCGCAGUAGAAGCUGCUAUCGCUCACAUUAACUCUCACUCAUCUAAGCACACCGAAAUUAUUUUGACUGAGUCUCAGGAGGUGGCGAAUCUAUUUAUGAGCGGCAUUGACAGCGCGGGAGUUUUUUGGAACGCAUCUUCUAGAUUUGCGGAUGGAAUGAGGUUUGGAUUUGGCACAGAAGUGGGAAUCAGCACCAACAAAAUCCAUUCUCGAGGACCAGUUGGCCUGGAGGGUUUGACCAUCUAUAAGUACCUGAUUCGAGGAAAUGGCCAUCGGGCGGCAGACUACCACGAUGGUGCAGGAGGACGGAAAUAUCUUCACAGAAACCUGCCUCUGGGCCAAUGA